AUGACGGCCAGCGACGCCGCUGACAGAACCAACACCAUCGGAUUCAUCGGCUUGGGAGCUAUGGGGAAUCAUAUGUUCAACAACCUUGUCAACAGAUCUACAGCAAAAGUAGACAGCAGUGCUAAAUACGCUCUUUUUGACGUAAACGAUGCGGCUGUGGAAAGCGUCAUCCAGAGGCACCAAAAAGAUAACCCAGCUGUGUCUUUACACAAGUGCUCUUCUCCAUACGAUGUGGCUCAAAAGGCUUCGACAAUUAUUACAAUGGUGCCGACAGGCCGGCAUGUAGAGGACGUUUACCUCGGUGACAGCAGCGUUAUUCGCGCCUUAGAAACGUUGGACGAGCAGCAAAGAUCGUCAACACUAUGUCUUGACCAGUCCACUAUCGAGCAAAGCGUUAGCAGAUCUAUCGCUCUGAAGCUGAGGGAGACUGGGGCUGACUUACUGGACGCUCCGGUAUCUGGAGGAGUGAUCGGUGCUAGAGAUGGUACUCUUGCGAUCAUGGUCGGCGGCAAUAGGAGAUCAUUUGAACGAGCAGUCCCUUUUCUCCAGCCUAUGGCCAGAAAGGUCACAUAUUGCGGUGACCUUGGUGCUGGUCUUGCAGCGAAGAUAUCCAACAACGAGGCCAUGCUGCUGGGCAAGAGGCUCGGUGUUGAUUCCCAAGUUCUCGCAGAUAUCAUCAACGAUUCAACGGGGAGAUGUUGGUCUAGUGAGAUCAACCACCCUGUUCCCGAAGUCAAGGUCGGAGAUACAAGCCCUCCCGCUCAUCGUCAGUACGCGGGAGGUUUCGUCACCAGUCUAGCGCACAAGGAUCUGGCCUUGGCUGUGAAGGCUGCUCUUGAAGUAAACGCGCCACUGCCGCUUGGAAGACGCGUUGAGGAGGUUUAUCGACCUCUGACUCAAAUGACGGAAUGGGGAAGUCGCGACUUCAGUGUUGUCUACGAGGCACUCGACGAGGCGAUAGUCGGUCAUGACACUAAGACGGUUGAGCUGUAA